GAAAAUGAAUAGGCAGAUUCCCUCUCCAAAUUUGCUUUUGAUGGCAACCAAAGCUCCAAAUCAGUCUUUAUUGAAAUUCUAGACGAGCCUAGCUUCCUAAAACCAAAAAUGAUGGAAAUCAGCACAGAUCCUAGCACAGCGAGCUGGACAGAUCCAAUUAUCUCCUUUUUACGAGAUGGAACAGUGCUUGCAGAUAAACAAGAAGAAAUGAGGUUGAGGAAGAAAGCAUCUCGGUAUACCCUUGUUAAUGAAAUUCUCUACAAGAGAUCUUUCUCACUCCCUCUACUCCGUUGCUUAAACCCUUAUGAGGCUGAAUACGCACUACGGGAGGUGCAUGAAGAUGCCACUCAGUUCGUACAGAGGUGUCAGCAAUGUCAGUUCUUCGCACAUCUAAUUCACCAACCAGCAAAAGAGCUCACUAAUCUGGUAGCACCUUGGCCAUUUGCUCAAUGGGGACUUGAUCUUCUAGGUCCAUUUAUGAAGGGGGUAAGAGGUGUAACCCAUCUGAUUGUUGGUGUGGAUUAUUUUACAAAAUGGGUUAAAGCUCGGCCAUUAUCCAAUCUUACCUCCAAAAAGGUUGAAGACUUCAUUUUCAGCUCAAUCAUCUACAGAUAUGGAAUCCUGAACCAGAUUGUGGCUGAUAAUGGAACUCAGUUCAACUGCUCCUCAUUCAGAGAUUUCUGCUCCAGUUAUGGGAUCAAAUUACAGUUCACCUUGGUGUACCACCCGGAAUCUAAUGGGAUGGUAGAAUCUGUCAACAAAGUUAUACUCGAGGGAAUAAAACCAAUGUUAGAGCUACAUAAGGCCAAGUGGGCAAACGAGCUCAACAACAUCAUCUGGGCAUACAGAACCACAAGCCGAAUUGCCACAUGUGAAACACCCUAUCACCUAGCCUUUGGUACCGAAGCAGUCAUUCCUAUCGAGAUAGGAGUCCCAAGCUUCAGGGUCACCCAUUUCGAUGAAGAACGAAAUGGACAACUACUUCGUGAGAAUCUUGAUUUGCUUGACGAAGUGGUUGAGGUGGCUCAUCCCCAACUAGCAGAGGUGGCACUUCUACUUCAGGAGGAGCUGGUUGCACUUCGUCAGAGGAAAUUGGAUGAACUUCAGGAGGCUGGACUUCAGCCGAGUCUACUUGGUUCUCAACUCCAGCAUCUCGCACUUCUUCCUCUUCCUCCACUACCACAAGCUCAGCAUCAAAGGCUAGAGGAAAGUAGUGCGUCCCUCAGCGUCACGCUUCCACCUCAGCUUAAUCAGAGGUUAGAAGUCAGCAGAAAGACUCUCAUUGUCCUCCUGCACCCCUUCUUCUUGUUCGCCGAAGGUGACCGUCAUUACGUCCACUUCGGGAUACUGAGCUUUCACCUUCUUUCUACAAUCGGUGAAUGCCAAGAUUGUAGUAGGCAGUCAAUAGAGGUUGAUGAUGCUCUCAAAGGUGCUGGAGUUGAGCAAGUUGCCAAUAUGCUCCUCCAUUCCGUUGUGAACUAGCAGAUUCACAUUCUUCUUCAGCUCCGCCACUCCUUUGUUCAUAUUCUCAAUGUAUUUGUCUUGAUCCUCAAGCUUGUCUUCUCAGAUCUUCCUCUUACACUCUUCGAAGACAAGUCUUGUGCUCAAGGUAUCUUUGUCG